AACAAGAAUCCCAAUUAGAGAUUGGCCAGCAAUUGUAUAGAUUUGUCCGUAAUUUGAUUCAAUAAACCCAAGUAAAAUGGAAGUGGAAAGCCCCGAGCACAACAGAGAGUUUGCCGAAGUAGACAUUAAUAAUGGUGCAAUAACCGACGAGGAAGAGGUGCCCGCACCCGGCACCGUUUCGCUGGAGAACGAGAGCGAUUUGUUUGUUUCAGCAAUGACUCCAAGUGAGGUGCAACAGCGUCGAAUUUCGGUCAGUAAUUUAGAAGAGGUCCUCACAGAUGAUGGCGAUUACUUUAUAGAAAUAUCCGUAUCGGAUCCGCAAAAAAUAGGCGAUGGCAUGAGCUCGUAUUUGGCGUACAAGGUUACAACAAAAACUAACAUUCCGAAGUUCAAGCGCAGUGAAUUUAGCACACUAAGGCGUUUCAGUGACUUUCUGGGCAUACACGAUUUACUGGUGGGCAAGUAUAUGCGCUUGGGACGCAUAAUUCCGCCGGCACCGUCGAAAAACAUUAUCGGCACUACGAAAGUUAAAAUAAGUCCACAGCAGACGGAGCCGGGCACGGCAACGAACCAGGAGUGGGUGGAAAUACGUCGAGCAGCGCUGGAACGCUUUGUCCAUCGCACAGCACAGCAUCCAGUGCUGCGCGUUGAUAUGGACUUUAUGAAUUUUUUGGAGAGCGACCAGGAGUUGCCUCGUGCCGUUAAUACAGCGAUGCUGAGCGGAGCGGGCGUUAUGAGACUGUUCAACAAAGUUGGUGAGACUGUUAACAAGAUCACGUACAAAAUGGAUGAGAAUGAUCCCUGGUUCGAUGAUAAGAUUACUGAAGUAGAAAAUCUUGAUGGUAAUCUGCAAAAACUACACGCAGCCCUGAAAUCUUUGGUGACUUCACGCAAAGAACUGUCCGCUCUAACUGGACUUGUGGCCAAAUCAGCCGCGAUGCUCAGCACAUGUGAAGAACACACUGGACUGUCGCGUGCGCUCUCAAAUCUCGCCGAUGUGGAAGAAAAGAUAGAGCUGCUGCGCUCCGAGCAGGCUAACUCCGACUUUUAUAUUCUCGCCGAGUUCAUCAAGGACUAUUUGGGGCUUUUCGGUGCCAUUAAGUGCAUUUUUCACGAGCGUGUUAAGGCAUUUCAAAACUGGCAAUACGCACAAAUGCAGCUUUCCAAGCGUCGAGAGAAUCGUGGACGAUUUGAAUUGGCCAAUCGUGCCGACAAACUUGAUCAGGCACAACAGGAAGUCGAGGAAUGGCAGGGCAAGGUUCAACGCUGUCAGCAACAAUUCGAUGACAUAUCCGCGGAAAUCAAACGAGAAAUGGAGCGAUUUGAAUUGACCAGAGUGAAAGAUUUUAAGGCAAACAUUAUUAAAUAUAUUGAAGAUCAAAUGGCUCAUCAACAACAGAUCAUCAGCUAUUGGGAAACUUUUGCACCCUUUGCCCGAGAGAUCGUAUAAUACGAUUUAAAAAAGCAUUCGGUCAUCUAACAGAAAGGCGUGCAUAUAUUCCUUGUGAACUCAGCGGGACCAAUUUGUCGGAUUAAACAUCGCUAUUGCAGUUGAACAACAAUUUGCCUUCAUUGUUAUCUUCUAAUUCCUGCGUAUUUCAUAUCAAACGAGCAUUUUUACCAUAAAUCUCUGCUUAAAAGAAAAGUUCAACUUUAAUUAAGAAACCAACAUUGUUCAGCCUGACAUAAACGACAAAUACGCAUGCAGCCACACGUCUCAUACACACAUAUAACAAAACAAAUAUAUAAUAUUUAAAAGCAUGUAAUUAUACAUAAUUACACUUUGCAAAUAUUGCUUUGAUUUCACUAAAACUGUUUGUACAGUGCAAACAGUGUUAUUAUUCCUUUUUUCGGUAUUAUCUACAAUAAAUACAUACUUUUAAAAUGA